CCCACCCCAAACCGUCCUGGGACGAGGAGCGGUAAUUGGGAGGGAGAGGGGACGCCUGCGGCGCGUCCUGGUCUCCCAUGACCGGCCAGAUAAAUCUACGUGGGGACGCCCUGCUACCGUCUGUCUUCUUCCCUAUGGUCCUGCAGACUGAAGACUUAAAUCCAAGGUCAUGGCAAAACAUCUGAAGUUCAUUGCCAGAACUGUGAUGGUACAGGAAGGGAAUGUGGAAGGUGCAUACAGGACCCUAAACAGAAUCCUUACCAUGGAUGGGCUCAUUGAGGACAUAAAGCGACGGCGAUACUACGAGAAGCCUUGCCGCCGGCGACAGAGGGAAAGCUAUGAAACCUGCCGGCGAAUCUACAACAUGGAAAUGGCUCGCAAGAUCAACUUUUUGAUGCGAAAGAAUCGGGCGGAUCCGUGGCAGGGCUGCUGAGGCCUGUGGAUAGGAGGCCCCAUGUGAAAAUCCUUAUCCAGCUGUCUCCACCUCUUUUCUUUCUCCCACCCCAUUUUCUCUUACCUUUCUUAAAAUAAACUCACAUAUAUGCAAGAAGGCCUGCAUAUAUAGAAGCAAUCCCACUAGUCAGCAAUAGACACUUUCUUGUAUUAAGUCAAAGAGAAACCGAGUCCAAAAGUAGUCUGGGAGUAGAAUGGUGGUUGCCAAGGGCUGGUGUUGGGAGGAGGGGAAUGGGAAAUUAUUGUCUAAUGAGAGCAGAGUUUCAGUUUGGGAAGAUGAAAAAGUUCUGGAGGUGGAUAGUGGUGAUACUUGCACAACAACGUGAAUGUACUUAAUGCCACUGAACUGUACACUUAAAUGAUUAAAAUGUUAAAUUUUAUGUUUUGUAUAUUUUACUGUAAUUUUUUAAAAAUAUUUAUUUAUUUAUUUGGCUGCGCCAGGUCUUAGCUGCAGGACACAGGAUCUUCGCUGCCGCCUGCGUGAUCUUUAAUUGUGGCAUGAGGGAUCUAGUUCCCUGACCAGGGAUCGAAUCUGGGCCCCCUACAUUGGGAGCAUGGAGCCUUAGCUGCUGGACCACCAGGGAAGUCCCUAUAUUUUACUGUAAUUUUUUAAAAUGUAGUCUGAAGUGGGAAAUUUUUUAAAAUGUAGUGGAGUAUAUCUACCAUGUCUAAUUUUUAUGAAACCCAAAGCAAGAUCUUAUUAUUGGAAAACGAUCUAUUCCUCUUUACUGAACUGCCUUCCAACUAUUAGGUAAAAGGAAGAGGAAACAUGUAUAUAUUUGGAAUAAAUUCUACUUCUGAAACACCCAUCAACCGGGGUAGAGAGCUGGAACCCUUCCCCAAAGGAAUCCUUAAGACAGUCUAACAUUCACCCCUGUUUUGUCUUUCCUGUGGUUUUCCUAAAGGAGGCUAGUGGGGGGUUGGUGGAAAAGAAAGCAGUAGAUGGAUGGUAGGAAAGAGAGAAUGGGGGAGUGUUAAGAGAAAGAAGGGCACAAAGCCAGAAAUACCUACAGCAGUGGUUCUCAAAGUGUGAUCUUCAGAGCAGUAGCAUCACCUGAGAAAUUGCUAGAAAUGGAAAAUUCGGGACCCUACUUUAGACCUUCUGAAUUGGAAAUUGAGGUUGAAGCCCGGCAAUCUAGUUUAACAAGCCCUGCAGGUGAUUCUGAUGCAGGCUAAAAUUGGAGAACCAUUGCCCUAUAGUACCCAAAAGAGAUUCCAGGUGGAGGUCCCAACUACCACCCCUGCCCUCCUCAACAGGCACUCCUGGGCAUGGGACUCUUGACAGCUGGGGCAUCUGACCACUGUGGGAAGACCAGCUGCUCUGCUUCCUCUCCUGCUGUGUUUCCUCUGAUCUUGGUCCCCUAACAGCCAUGCCUGCUAGUAUAAGGAGAGUUGGUGC